GGCUUUCUCCUCGCCUCCCACCGCGAGCCAGGCGACACACCCACGAGGCCACAAAGCCAAAGCUGCUCCCAACGCAGACGCAAGCGAUACAGAGCGCGCCGUUAGCAUGAGCUCGUCGGCGCAGCUCAAGCGGCUGUACCAGCUGGCGGUGAGCAACAUCGUGGCCAUCGCGGCCGUGCCCUUCGCCGCCUCCGCCCUGCUCAAGGCGGCGGAGCUAGGGCCCGAGGAGCUGCUCGCCCGGCUGCGCGCGCUCCGGCCCGUGCACAUGUUCCUGGCCGCCUUCGUCCCGGCCGCGGCGGCCGCCGUCUACCUCAAGCUCCGCCCGCGCGCGGUGUACAUGGUGGACUACGCGUGCUUCCGCACCAGCCCCAGCUGCCGCGUCCCGUUCGCCGCGUUCCAGGAGCACGCCCGCGUGUGGCCGGGCUUUGACGAGCGCAGCGUCCGGUUCAUGUCGCGCCUGCUGGAGCGCUCCGGGCUCGGGGAGGAGACCUGCCUCCCCUACGCGCAGCACUACAUCCCGCCGUCCCGCGACCUCGAGUCCUCCCGCGCCGAGGUCGAGCUCAUCGUCUUCUCCGCCAUCGACGACCUGCUCGCCAAGACCAAGGUCGCCCCGGAGGACAUCGACAUCCUCGUCGUCAACUGCAGCCUCUUCGCCCCGACGCCGUCCUUCGCCGACAUGAUCGUCAACCGCUACAACCUCCGCAAGGACGUCCGCAACGUGCACCUCGCCGGGAUGGGCUGCAGCGCGGGGCUCAUCUCCGUGGGGCUCGCAAGGAACCUGCUCCAGGUCGCGCCCAGGGGGUCGAACGCGCUGGUGGUGUCCACGGAGACCAUCACGCCAAACUACUACAUGGGCAAGGAGCGCGCCAUGCUCCUGCCCAACUGCCUCUUCCGCAUGGGCGGCGCCGCCGUGCUCCUCUCCACCAACGGCGCCAACGCGCGGUUCCGGCUGGCGCGCGUGGUGCGGACGCUGACGGGCGCCCAGGACGGCGCGUACCGCUGCGUGUACCAGGAGGAGGACGACCGGGGCAACGUGGGCAUCAACCUGUCCAAGGACCUGAUGAGCGUCGCCGGCGAGGCGCUGAAGGCGAACAUCACGGCCAUGGGGCCCCUGGUGCUCCCGGCGUCGGAGCAGCUGCUGUUCGCGCUGUCCUUCAUCGCGCGCAAGGUGGUGAACCGCGGGAUCAAGCCGUACAUCCCGGACUUCCGCACGGCGUUCGAGCACUUCUGCAUCCACGCGGGCGGGCGCGCGGUGAUCGACGAGCUGCAGCGCAGCCUGACGCUGUCGGACGAGCAGGUGGAGGCGUCGCGGAUGACGCUGCACCGGUUCGGCAACACGUCCAGCAGCUCGCUGUGGUACGAGCUGGCCUACGUGGAGGCCAAGGGGCGCAUGCGCAAGGGCGACCGCGUGUGGAUGAUCGGCUUCGGCUCCGGGUUCAAGUGCAACAGCGCCGCCUGGGAGUGCAUCCGCCCGCCGGCGGCGCCCGGCGGCGCCGACGGGCCCUGGGCCGCCUGCGUCCACCGCUACCCCGUCGACAUCCCCGACGUGCUCAAGCAUUAGCCUAGCCUAACCAACCCAACCCAGCUCGGCGGCUCGUCUCGUGCACAUUCGUACACACACGUUGGCUCGUACACAGAAAAGUCCACACACUCCAGUAGCCACCAGUAGGUGGUAGCACUAGCUAAGGGUGACUAGCUAAUACUACUACUAUCAACGAUCGACCCGUGCUCUGUACGUACGUAAAACUAUUCAUUGCUGCAUGCAUCCAGUGAGCUCA